CGCGGAAACUUUGGCCGGCGCUCCACGGGGAGGAUGGAGGUUGGGGAGCCCGCGGCGGCGCCCCUCAACCGGUCCCGGGCUGACGUAGAGCCGCCCAGCGCGGAGUUUAACCUCUCUGGGCUGCCGGAGGCAGAGGGGAAGCCCCUCUUCGGCAUCGGCAUCGAGAACUUCAUCACCUUGAUCGUCUUCGGCUUGAUCUUCACCCUGGGGGUGCUGGGCAACUCGCUGGUGAUCACGGUGCUGGCCAGGAGCAAGCCAGGCAAGCGCCGCAGCACCACCAACAUCUUCAUCCUCAACCUGAGCAUCGCUGACCUGGCCUACCUGCUCUUCUGCAUCCCCUUCCAGUCCACAGUCUACGUGCUCCCCACCUGGGUGCUGGGUGCCUUCAUCUGCAAGUUCAUCCACUACUUCUUCACCGUCUCCAUGCUGGUGAGCAUCUUCACGCUCUCGGCCAUGUCCGUGGACCGCUACGUGGCCAUUGUGCACUCCCGACGCUCCUCGGCCUUGCGUGUUUCCCGCAACGCACUGCUGGGUGUGGGGCUCAUCUGGGCUCUCUCCUUCGCCAUGGCCUCACCUGUGGCUCACCACCAGCGCCUCUUCCACCACCGUGAGGCCAGCAACUUGACCUUUUGCUGGGAGCACUGGCCCAACCCACGCCACAAGAAGGUCUACGUGGUUUGCACAUUCGUCUUUGGAUAUCUGCUCCCGCUGCUGCUUAUCUCCUUCUGCUAUGCCAAGGUUCUUAAUCAUCUCCAUAAGAAGUUGAGAAAUAUGUCAAGGAAGUCAGAAGUAUCCAAGAAAAAGACAGCACAGACUGUGUUGGUGGUGGUAGUGGUUUUUGGCAUCUCCUGGCUGCCGCAUCACGUGAUUCAUCUCUGGGCUGAAUUUGGAGUUUUCCCACUGACUCAAGCCUCCUUUCUCUUCAGAGUAACUGCACACUGCCUGGCUUACAGCAAUUCUUCUGUGAACCCGAUUAUAUACGCAUUUCUCUCUGAAAAUUUUAGGAAGGCCUACAAACAAGUCUUCAAAUGCCAAAUAGGUAAUGAGUCACCUCCGAAUGAUGCUAAGGAAAAUAAAAGUCGGAUAGAUACACCGCCGUCUACCAACUGUACACAUGUGUGAACUGUGAGAAGUCCUGUAUGUUGGUUCUUCAUGUGUGUGAGCUAAACACAUAAAAAAACAAAGCACAAGGAUUAUCUUGGAUUUAUCUUGAUAAAGCUAAUUGGUAUUUAAUGUACUGAAGUUGCAUUCAUAGCAAAAGUUUGUGAAACUGGUUUGAAAGAAAACUGGGCUGAUCCUUUUCGUCUUAGCUUUGUCAAAUGAAGCUCUUGGACCUUUAAAAGAUACUUGAGAAAAAAAAUGUUGGAGAUAAUAUGUCUGUAUUCUUACUCGUUAAGCAUAUGGUGUGUAAACAUUCAAGUAUACAAGAAGGAAAUACUGAUAUGGACAAGUAACUUUCUGACAUUUUACUCCAUUAAAGUGAAGAGAUGGCUAAACUUUCAGUCUUACAGAUCAUAAAUACUGUAGUACUACUUCAGAGAGGAAAACUUUUGUUCUCUUCUAAUUGUUUUGACAAUAUCUUUUCUCUUUUUCAAGUGAAGAUGGGCUCUGAUUCGGAGUUUAAAUAACCUGUGUAUAACAAGGCUGUUGAUUUAGAGAGAAAAUACUUAUUUUGUCUGUUUAGCUGUCUUUUUAAUGUAGCAUACAGAGUAACAAUGGACUUUUUUCCACUUCAUAUGCCUGCCUUACUGUAUACACAGACCUUCUGUGUAUGCUUUAUAAGGUUUUGUUUAUGGCCUGUAUGUAGUCGUACCAUAAUGAAGAUUUGUGUCUAUCUGAGGGAAGCUUUUCUUUGUGUGUUGCAUGUGCGUGUGCGUGUGUAUGUUUUGUUAACUUUAUAGACUUUGACACAGAGAUAUAGUUUUAAAUGUGCAACAUAUACAUGUUUUAAAAUAUUAUGUUCCAUAAAGCACCUCUGGGCAAUGCUUAAGCAUUUAAAAAUACCAUUCCCUUAAAAGUCACAGGAGUGUCUUGAUGUCAUGUAGCUCUAAAUUGGAAAAUUCAGAAGGAUAUAUUUAAAUCAAUACAAAGUAUAUAAGGUAAAUGGUCCAAUUCUACAAAUUCUUAAAUAAGAUGAGUAGUUUCAGCAAUUUUAUAAAAGUACUUAAUAUGUCUUUAAGUGGUAAACCACUAAAGAAAUAGUGGAACGGCACAGAGUCCUUUGAGAACAUUAUUAUUAGCUGGAAUAAGAUAUGCUUUUAUGUUUUUUAUUAAUGACCCAUAGAAUAAAUUAAGUUGAAGGAACCUCCUCUCAAGGCAGGGCUACCCUCAGAGCUGGAUCACUUGCUUGUCUAGGCAAGUUUUGAAAAUUUCUAAGGAUGGUGAUUCAUCAAUUUUUUGAGGGCAAGCUGUGCCAGUGCCUAAUCACCCUCACUGAAAUAUUUUUUAUUAUCCCCAGUUGGGAUUUCCAUUGAUGUAACUCAUCACUGUUGCCUUCUGUGCUUUUGCUGUAUAACUAAGUCUUCUCUCUAACUAAUAGGUAAUUUAUGAUGACAGUUAAAUUUCCAUCCAGCCUUCUCUUCUGAAACAAUGUGUCACUCUCAGUCUCUCUCUUCAUCUAUUCUGGUCCAGCUCCCUGGCCAGAUAACCAGCCUUCCACUGGCCUUCCUCCAGCCUAUCCAUCCCUCUCGUGAACAGGGUGUUCAAAAAUGAACGGUGUGUUCCAGCAGCAGCCUCACAGGCACUGAGUAGACUAAUCACUUCCCUUGACCCGUUGGCCGAUUCUUGCUUAUACAGCCUCUGGUACUGUAAUACCAUACUAGUAUUACAGUAAUUUAUUGCUGCAAGGGUACACUGCUGACUCAUAUUUAAUUUAUGCUUACAAUCACUCUCUUGUCCUUUUCUGCAGAAUUGCACUGAGUCCCUGUCCAAGUUUCAGGACCUUGCUUUUAGCUUUGUUGAACUAUGCAUUUGAUAGCUAUUACUUCCAUUCUUCCAACUUAGCAAGAGCCCUCUGAAAGGUAGCCCUGAUCUCCAGCAUAUCCACCACUCUCCCGGGUUUGGUAUCAUGUGCAAACUUGCUGAGAGUCCUGCACCCUUGUCUGGGCCUUUGAAGAUGCUAAAUAGUGUUGGCCAGAUGCUCCUUUUUCACUGCAAACUUGCUUAAAAAAAAAAAAAAAAAAAGUUCAGAGUGGUGGAACCAUGUCAACUGUGGAGGGUUUGGUCACAUGAAAAUGUCUACGUCUAUGUGUCAGUGUUGUCUGCUUAGAAUCAGUAAAAUAAUGAAGACACGCUAUUGCAUGCAUGGUGUUUGUGUCCAUUCUUUCAUAUGAAGAGACUGUUUGAUGGUAGUGCUAGGAACACAAAAUAUAUGGAAAAAAAUCAGCUGGAGGAGAAGGAUUUAUCUGCACAGGAAACCAUUUUCUGGGUUAGGACUGAGGUUAGAAAACACAGUCUAGAACAAUGUUGAAGUUACUUUGAGUUUUCAGAUCCUCAUCACCCACUAAUCACUCAAAUUAUUAAAGCACUAUCAAACUUUAGCUGAAUUUAUAACAUAUUAGGA